UUGGGGCCCGGUUCGGCUCUCCAACUGGGCCUUGAAUUUUUGCCCGAAAAAGAUAAAUAUGAGGCCCGAAACAAAUGACUCGAAAAAAUAAGGCCCGAUUAGAACAAGACUCGAAAAUAUUUUUACCAAAUCUUUAUUAUCAUGCCACUUAUUCUAUAUAUUUUUUACCUCUUUUUAAAUUAUUGUUUUUACCGUUAAUUUCAUAUAACAAUUCAUUAGUUAAUAGUUCAAAAAUAUUUUUAUACUUUCUAUUUCUUUUCAUUCAUUUAUUGAAAAAACCUGCCCAACUAAAAGAUACUAAAACAACAACAGCUGUCACAAACUAAAUAAAAAAUAUAUUUUCUUCUCUAGGCAAAGAAAUACAUGAAUCGUUUCUGAUCAUGAGUGAGUUUUUAACUGUUGGAGAUAGUGGGCUCUCUGUGUCCUCAUUUGUCGAUUGCGAAAGAAUCUUGUUUUUAAGGCAAGGAAAAUGUUUGUUCAUGGGCCAUUUAUUUUUAUUUUUAAGAAAAUUAUUUAAAAAAUAUUAACGUUUUAUUGAUUUUUAUUUCAAAUCAAGAAACUGAAAGGGAUUAGGUUAACUAUGAGCCGAGAGACUUACUAGCCUCAAAUCUUGAGAGGAUUUAUGUAAAUUUGUUUGUAAUCUGCUUUUUCUUCGAGCUCUCCUUUUUAAUUAAUAAAAGUAAAAAUUUUUUUGGCUUUUUUCUGCAUAAAUUCAAAAUUUUAUGCUACAUCCUGAAUAUGACUCAUUUUGUUUUUUU